AUGGGUCAAAAACUUGAGCUGAUUGAACCUGAGCUGACCAGCCGUAUCAAGGGCGGCAAGGCUCAACUCAUCCGCAGCAGCAGCGAUAGCGCAGCACUCGAACUAGAUCUAGACUUGGAUUUGUCCCAAUACAAACAAGCCCGGCCGGAACGGAGCAAAGAUGGCAGAGAAACGAGGCGAUGCCCGCAGUCGUGUUGUGCAGCGCCCCAAAUCGACAAGGUGGGUGCGGGUGGGGAAGGUGGCCCCGAAUUGAUCAACGGCACAGCAAAUUGA